AGAGAGUGACAGAUGGCGGCGGGUCCCGGGGGAGCCGGCUCUCCCCCAAUGCAGACGCAUGCCAAUCACCGUCUCUCAUGUGAUAGCUGCUGCCCGUGACGUGCCAAGCCCAUAUGGCCUGGCAUAGAGGCUGGUACCCCGCCUGGUAGAGAUGCCACACUCGCUCCGCGGUUCGCAUGGCGCUCUGAAGACGCCGGUGCCCGCCGCCUGGAGGAGCCGCUGCCCCGCUCCCUGAAGAUGGGGGAACAAUGAAAUAGGCGAGAGGAUCCCGGCUCCCCCUCUCUCUCUGGCCCCCUCCCCUCCCCUCCCCUCUCCCCCGGACUCCUCUCCGAGGCACCAUGCUGACCCGCCUGUUCAGCGAGCCCGGCCUGCUCUCGGACGUGCCCAAGUUCGCCAGCUGGGGCGACGGCGACGACGACGAGCCGAGGAGCGACAAGGGCGACGCGCCGCCGCCGCCGCCGCCGGGGCCGGGCGCUCCGGGGCCCGCGCGGGCCGCCAAGCCGGGGCCUCUGCGGGCCGAGGAGGCGCCGGACGCCGCGCUGGCCGAGGUGAAGGAGGAAGGCGAGCUGGCGGGCGAGGAGGAGGAGGACGAGGAGGAGGAGGAAGGGCUGGAGGAGGCCGAGGGCGAGCGGCCCAAGAAGCGCGGGCCCAAGAAGCGCAAGAUGACCAAGGCGCGCCUGGAGCGCUCCAAGCUGCGGCGGCAGAAGGCGAACGCGCGCGAGCGGAACCGCAUGCACGACCUGAACGCGGCGCUGGACAACCUGCGCAAGGUGGUGCCCUGCUACUCCAAGACGCAGAAGCUGUCCAAGAUCGAGACGCUGCGCCUGGCCAAGAACUACAUCUGGGCGCUCUCGGAGAUCCUGCGCUCGGGCAAGCGCCCCGACCUGGUGUCCUACGUGCAGACGCUGUGCAAGGGCCUGUCGCAGCCCACCACCAACCUGGUGGCCGGCUGCCUGCAGCUCAACUCGCGCAACUUCCUCACGGAGCAGGGCGCGGACGGCGCGGGCCGCUUCCACGGCUCCGGGGGCCCGUUCGCCAUGCACCCCUACCCGUACCCCUGCUCGCGCCUGGCGGGCGCGCAGUGCCAGGCGGCGGGCGGCCUGGGCGGCGGCGCGGCGCACGCCCUGCGGACCCACGGCUACUGCGCCGCCGCCUACGAGACGCUGUACGCGGCGGCGGGCGGCGGCGGCGGCGCCAGCCCGGACUACACCAGCUCCGAAUACGAGGGCCCGCUCAGCCCGCCGCUCUGCCUCAACGGCAACUUCUCGCUCAAGCAGGACUCGUCGCCCGACCACGAGAAGAGCUACCACUACUCUAUGCACUACUCCGCGCUGCCCGGCUCGCGGCCCGCGGGCCACGGGCUGGUCUUCGGUGCGUCCGCCGUGCGCGGGGGCGUCCACUCGGAGAAUCUCCUGUCCUACGAUAUGCACCUGCACCACGACCGGGGCCCCAUGUACGAGGAGCUCAACGCGUUUUUCCAUAACUGAGACCUCGGGGCCGCCCCUUCCUUUUUUUUCUUUGGCCUUGGCCCGCGCCCCGUCCCCAGCCCCUUGAGCGCGGGGGCGCCCCCAGGGCGCCAGGCGGCGCGGGGUGCGGGCCGCGGGUCCCCCGGUUCUGGGGCGGCACUGUCCUCUGGGCAGCGGGGGGCCCUCCCGGGGCCUCGCUUUCCCCAGGGGACUCGCCUUCUCUCUCCCCAAGGGGCUCCCCCCUCCUCCUCUCGCCCAGGGAGUUCCUCCCCAGGGGUUCCCUUAGGGCACUGACCUGGAGACACCCCCCUUAUCCUUAGGUUACCCUCUCCCCUUUCCCUGCAGAUCCCCGGGGUUAGAAGGGGGGCAGCUGAGCUGUGGGAUAGUUCCCCCCUCUCAUCGUUGUUGUUACUUUUCAAACGGGCACGGAGCUGCCGAGGCAGAGCGGAGCCGGGCGCCCCCUCUUUUCCUAACGAGGCCAGAAGCCAGGCGGCCCCAGCCUGGACCUGGGUCGCCUUCACCCCAAUCCUUAGUCUCAGCGUUUCGUGAUGUUCAUUUUGGCGGGAGGGAAUGUGGAUCGAGAGGAAAGAGAGAAGCCAAGACAAUUUGUAUCUAGAAUCCAUGUCCCCCUUUCCCCUUUUUUAAACAAAAACAAACAAACCUACAAAAAAAAAAAAAAAAAAAAAAAAAAAGGCUAAGAGGCGACGGAGGCCGAAUGCCAAGUCCGGAUCGGAGAGAAAACGCAGUAAGAACUUCUAGAAGCAAUAAAAGGC